UGAACCGAGACUGUUACUGAGAAUUCGAACAUGAAGGACGAGGCCGGCCGAUAAACACAGCAGCUGAUGUAGACGACAGGUUGUUCAGAGCGGACACACGGCCGGCGGGGGGGGGGGGGGGGCAGAUAGCAGCUCACCCUGGCAUCUGACGUUCGGCUACGUCUACACGCCCCUGGGCCUCACUCGAACACAGCAAUGUGUUUGUGGUUGUGUUUAUUGCAGCGGGUUUUUCUCUAUUUCCUUUCCACGUAAAUUCACCAGGGUGUGUCUGAAGAAGGAAGUGACAGUUGAAUCGCUUUGUUGUCGAUAAUCUUGCAGUGCGUGAAGACGGCACACUAAGAUCCAGCAAAUGAAAUGGCGGUGAGGCAAAGGAUUUUUAACUCGACGGCGCCCUUCUCCGGGUCAUCCCAAGCCGAGCUGAAGGGGUCAUACCCAUCCUGCUCAGCUGCGGACCAGGAGGCGGAGGAGGAGGAAGAGGAAGAGGAAGGGAAGGAAAGCAAAGUGGGCUACAUACCCUGUUUCAGCCCUUUGAUAAAUAAACUCCUGUCACAUGGGACCGCAGAGCAAGUGGGAGAAAUGCCACUGAAGACCUCAACCUUUAUUUGCCAAGCUGAAGCCCAGGAAUCCCAAGAGUUUAGUCCAUCCGGCAUUGAACGCUGCUUUGUUCCUUCCCCGAACUGCUUCACCAGCAGUCUUCCCUCAGAGCACAACAAUGUGGCGUGUCCGACCACGGCCUCCGUCCAGGAGCCGAGCCGCUCGCCGGCACAGCUCGCCCCGAGGAAGAAAACCAGGAAGAGACAGAAGCGCAAGGGGAAGAAAAAAGUGGAGAAGAAGAAGGAGAAGCAGCGACACAGACAUCGGAUGCCCUCUGGAGUCCCUGAACAGGAGAGUGGAAGAUCUCUGGUCCGGAUCCUGGAGGAGUCUGUUGGAGGGAGAAGCGACCUCAGUCCUUCUUGCUGUAGCAGUGUUGUAAGCUCAGAAGAGCAGGACAGAGGGCCUUCUCACUACAGCCCACAGAUCUACAACACAGGCUCCAGCUGCUCUCCUCUGAACUGGGGGGACCCGUUCCUCUCCAGUGUCCACUCCUAUGUGCAAGACAGCGACUCAGACUCCCAUAGCAGUCUGGGAGACUGUUCACUGGCUCUCGCUGGCCUCCGGGGCAGCGUCAGUCAGGGGGACCCGUGCUACGCAGGGCCCUUUUUCAAAGAUGUGGAGAGGGACGUGAGAGAAGAGCAGGAUGAGCUCUCAGCAGCUGACUCUGUCAGCACUGAGGGAAUCAUGUUCUACAAUGAAAAACUCCAGCUUGUGGACUCUGAAUACAAGCAAGGGAGGGACUACGUCCUCUUACAGUUCAUCAAGGAGGGCUCCUUUGGGGAAGUGCACAGUGCUCAAGAUGUCAACACAGGCUUCAAAUUUGCUGUGAAAAAGAUCGCCCUGAAGAAGUUCAGUAGUGAGGAGGUGGGUGCGUGGAGUGCCCUCAGAUCUCCUCGUGUGGUGGAACUCUUCGGAGUGGUCAGAGAGGGGCCGAACGUUGUCCUCUUCAUGGACCACAAAUCUGGCUCGCUGGGCGGGCUGAUCGCGGAGCGUGGCCGGCUGCCAGAGGACCUGAGUCUCCACUACCACUCUCAAAUCUUAACCGCACUGGAGUACUUAGGGAAGAAAAAAGUGGUGCAUCUAGACAUCAAAGCUGACAAUGUGUUGCUGUCGGAGGACGGUAGAGACACCUUCCUGUGCGACUUUGGACACGCAGAGAGACUGGACCAUCAGGGCCAGAGCCUCAGUGGGUCCAAAGGGCUGAAGGGCACAGAGACCCAUAUGGCCCCUGAGAUAGUAAAAGGGGAACCCCGCGGAGCCAAAGCAGAUGUGUGGAGCAGCUGCUGUAUGUUACUGCACAUGCUCAAUGCGUGUCAACCUUGGACCAGAUACUACACCUGUAGACUUUACCUGAAGAUUGCUAAUGAGCCGCCGCCCCUGAGGGAGAUCCCACCUGACUGCAGCCCUCUCACCGCUGAAGUCAUCAAGGCGGGACUUCAGAAGGAUCCCGCCAAGAGAGCGUUAGCAUCUGAUCUGAAAGAAAAAACUGCCAGAGCUCUGAAAGAAGUGGGGGGCCUCACCAGCCCCGUGAAGGGACCCUACACAGAGCCUCUGUAUAUCGCCGACAAACCUCCUGACUCCCUGCAGCUCAUCAGCGUUAACUACGAGGAUGAGGAUGAACGUCAAGAGUCUGUUGAGAGAGUGAUCCCAACGGGGAGGAGAACGGAGGAACCGGACGAUGACGAAGACUCAAAGCGAGACUCGCUCGUCUGUCCGCAAACGCUGAUCUCUGAGCCAAACUACAAGAGAAGCAACAAGAUCACCACCGUACCUGAACUGGAGCUACGCAAACUGGAGCGAGAUUUCUACCUGAGCAGUCUGUCCCAGCUCCACUCGGCUGAGAUGCAGGAGCAGCUCUUGUCUUGUCUCAGCAGUGACCCUUAUUCCACCUGGGAACCAUGGGACAAGAAGGACUCUGGCCGCUGGUCUCUGAGCCCAGGAGACGACAGCUCUGGUGUCUUCUCCUACAGCAGUCAGCCGGACGUGCAGGUUUCCAGUUUGGAUUUGCUGAGUCACACACGGCUCCCACCCCCGUGCUGUUUUGAAGGGGUGGAUGUCUGCAUCAGAGACUUCAACAGGAGAAGCAUCCGCAUCAGAGAGACGCGCCGGGUGAAGGUGGGCCACAUCGCCACUGGAAUCAGUGAUCAGAUCUCCAAGAGGGUUUUCACCCUGGAAACCCAGCAGGGCCAGCAGGUCGCUCACGAUGAGGAGGUGCAGGACUCUGGUCUGGAGCUCAGCUGUGUUCCUGCUCCAGACUUCAGCUCCGCCUGGAGGUGGAGGAUCAGAGACGGAGUGCUGGAGACGAGAUGAAGAGCACAGCUGUCAUCUUAACCGUCCUACCUCUGUUGAAUUGUUUUCAAUGUUUAGCUUUGUUUGAGAGGACCGUGCUUUCAUAAGGGGGGGAAAUAAAUCUUCAGCUCUUCAGCACAUGUCUGAUGUUUUAACUGGGGGGCUGUUGUGUUGCUGUUUUAACCUUUUGAAGUGCUCAUUAAAAGCCUUAUGAGUCAAAGUGCUGAGUCUAACUGACCACUGUGAUGUUUACAUGUUGCACCUUUUCUUACUGCAUGCUUACUUUGAGUCAUUAAACAACAUGAAACGAU